AUGGCAGAAAACGAGUUAGGGCCAGCUACUACGCCGGAUGAUGACGUUGCGUCCGAUGUCAGCUUGGACGAAGAGGAUGAAGAAUUGAUUUGGAGGGUCUUCUUCAGUGAUUUGGAGAAGGAAAAAGAUAAACAACAGCAACUCAUUCUGAAUGACGAGGGACAAGCAGAUGAAGAGGACGGGUUUUCUGACAACGAAGAUUUGCAAUCGAUCAGUCUGGAGGAUUUAAAGCUUCUUGGCGAUCCAGCAUUAAUUGAACGAUACAAGGAUCUACGGAGUAAUGCCAUAGACUUUUCCUUGUCCGAAGAAGAACAGAAACGGCUAUUAAUCACAAACUUUACUGACGACCAAAUGGAAAGAUUCGAAGCUUACAGGCGACUGAAAAUCAACAAACCCGGAAUAAAGAAGAUUUGCAAUGGGGUUGUGGGCCAUUCAGUUUCUCAAGUGAUAGCGACAGUUGUGGCCGGUGUGGCGAAACUGUUCAUGUCUGAGAUUAUAAGUAAGUCAUUUGAAGUGCAGGAGCGGGAUAAUAAAGGGAAGCUAUUAAUUGAUAUUGAGGAGAAAAAGAGACGAAAGCGAGCCGACGUGGAAAAUCUGCAAUCUCAAGAUGACAUAAAACGACCUCGUUUACAAUACCAAGGAGACCAACGUACUCCCCUUCAGCCUAGUCAUGUUAGAGAAGCGUUGAGAUUGUAUGAAGAAGAGACAUCAGGUGGGCUACCGUUUAUGGACUGA